UUUCAGCGCCAUAUUGUUCUUUCCUUCAAGUGAAGAGCGUGUGUCGUGCAAGUUAAAAUCUCUUUUUACUAGGAUAUUUCGCAGCAGAUUCUGCAAAUUCCAGCCAAAUCUCGUACUUCACGUGAUCCACAACAAAUUAGACAAAAAUGGGUGAUGAGAAAAAGGAUAACAAGCUGGGCGAGUCUGAGCACAUUAAUCUGAAGGUCUUGGGUCAGGACAAUGCUGUGGUGCAGUUCAAGAUUAAAAAACAUACACCUCUGCGGAAGCUAAUGAAUGCCUACUGCGAUAGAGCGGGUCUAUCAAUGCAAGUUGUCCGAUUCCGAUUCGAUGGACAGCCAAUAAAUGAGAAUGAUACCCCAAACACCCUGGAAAUGGAGGAGGGAGACACAAUUGAGGUGUAUCAGCAACAGACGGGUGGCUCCUUCAACUAACUCCCGGGAUUUUGGGAGCCAAAGGGACGAGAAUCAUCGCGGAUAAUUUUAAAAUGAUGCACAUCUCUAAAGAUCAACAGAAUUAUAAGAAAAAGAAAACAAUUUAGAGCGUGGGUGAAAUUUUCUCUUUUCAUUUUUGACUCAAAAUAACUUAAGCGCAUUGUAAUUCCAACAUUCCCGGACGAAAGGAGAUCUCUGUGGUGUGGUCACUUGGAAGAUAAAAGAAAAUGGAGUUUUUUGUGAGAAGGGAAUGAUAAGAAUUUUUUUUUCUUUUCUGUCGUAAGAUAAUUUAAUUUUCAUUCAAAUAAAUAGGAAGUCUUUUUAAAAACCAACCCAAAACUAAAUAUUGGCAUUAGCGAAUUUACUUAUGCAGCUGAUUUAUCUCUGGACGCGCAUUUGGACUAUUUGACGGAUUAAGAUACUUGGCGUGUCGCCUGCAUUAAAUGUAUUUCACUUGAAUAAUAAAUAAAAUCAGGAAAAAUU